UUUCCCUCCCUCUGCUCAACAGAUUUCCUAAGCGUCCCGCCUUGCAGCUACACGCCCACAACCGCACUUCCCGACUGAUCGCGCCGAGAGAUACCACCAAGAUUCACCAGCAUGCCCGGCACGAGGGUCCGCAAGGUCUACAGGACCGACGAUGUCGUGGACCUUAAGGAUGAAGAAAAGGAGCAACUGCUCGAGAGCUACCUCCCAGACGGCCCACCUCAAGACGCACGACGACAAUGGCGCGACGAUGAUAUUCCUCCCAAGGGCAGGUUCGGCCUGAGACGCGCCCUUCGCUCAAAGCUACACCUUGCGAUUUACACAAUUCUACACGCCAUUUUCUCCUUGUACAUUCGGAUACGACAAGCAUGGCAUCUGGUGUGCUACCACAUAUCCUCCAUCAUGUUCUAUCACCACCGAACUCCGGAAUACAUCGAGCGGGACGUUGUUGGUCUGAAGAAGAAGCCGAAACAUCUCAGCGUUAUCUUGAAGCGCGAACCAAGUGGAAGACACGGAGCUGAGUUGGAGAGAUUGGUCGCCGAAGCGGCCGAGAUUGCCGUUUGGUGUGUCUGUGCCAAGAUUCCCGUCUUGACGGUCUACGAGCGGACAGGUCUUCUUAAGCACUACCUUCCUCACCUGCAACAAUCCAUCAUCCAGAAGUCGCGAUCCUACUUCGGUAGACACCAGCCAGCUUUGACCGUGGCCAUGCCGCACGCCGACGACGUCCUCGAGUCCCCAGCCCACGGCGAUUUCGCGCGCAACGACCCACGUCACCUCAAGGUUCUCUUCAUCUCCGCCGAGGAUGGGAGGGCGUCCAUGGUUGAUCUCACUCGCACCUUGACCGAGAUGUCACAAAAGGGCAAGCUCCACCCCCGUGACAUCGGCACGGAUCUGAUCGAUGCGGAGUUGUCCGAGGGAAUCAUGCCGGAACCCGAUCUGCUCAUUUCGUUCGGUCCUUAUGUCGACCUCGAUGGCUACCCGCCUUGGCCCAUCCGCCUCACAGAGAUCUUCUGCUUGCCGGACAACCAGGGCGUUGGAUAUCAAGUCUUUUUGAGAGCGCUGCUCAACUUUUCCAGCGCACAGUUCCGCAAAGGCAAAUAGAGAGGUGUUUGGGUUGCG